AUGCCUGAAUUUAAUGGAUCCACAACCCAGGGAGAGGUCCUCCAAGCAUUCAGUUCACAAGUGAAAGGUCGAACAUUUGUGAUCACAGGCGCUGGUCAGCCCAGCAUCGGCAGCCAGCUUGCAGUCGCCCUGGCCAAGGCUGGACCUGCUCAAAUUGUCAUCGCUUCUCGGUCGCUAAGUAAAGUCGAACCAGUUAUCCGUGCCAUUCAAUCCAUUAAUGGAACUAUCAGAACCUCAUUUGUUCAGAUGGACCUCUCCAAUCAUGCCUCGGUACGACAAGCCGCUGUCAAAAUCCUUCAAGCAGCUCCCACCAUUGACGUCCUGAUCAACUCUGCUGGUAACAUGGCCAUCAAGGACUACAUGCUGGACAAGCAGGGCAUUGAGAUUCAAUUCUCCGCCAACCACAUCGGCCAUUUCCUCCUGACCAACCUGUUAGUCCCAGGGCUGAAAGCCGCUGCCAAGUCCAAUGGUGGUGCUCGGGUCGUGAAUUUGACCAGUGGUGCCUACCUCGUCAGCCCUGUCUUGUUCGACGACUAUAACUUCUCAAACGGUGCUACUUACCAACGUUGGACCGCCUAUGGUCAGGCAAAGACGGCCAACAUCUUGUUCGCGUUCGCCCUGACCAAGCGGCUACAAUCCCAUGGGAUCACCUCUACCGCCGCCCAUCCCGGCUACAAUGGCGAUACCGAGCUUGCCAAGCACUUGACAUGGGAUGACUUUGCCGAGAUCGAGCCCAUCGCCAAGCAGAACACGGGCAAAGACUUUGUCUGGGAGGAACCCAGACUCAAGAACUUUGAGCAGAUUGCCGCUACGCCUCUCAUUGCGGCGCUAGACCCAGAUUUGCCCGCCAAGUCGCCAGCUUACCUCCAGAACAGCGUGGUCACGCAAAGCGAUGAGUCCGCCAGCAGUGAGGUCAAUGCAGAUAAACUUUGGAAGUUGAGUGAGAAGCUCGUGAAUCAGGAAUUUGAAUACAAGGCUUGA